AUGGCCGGAACAAUGGACGAACUGUUGGAGGAGUUGAACUAUGAUUUCAACUAUUUGUUGCACGAGGUUAGAACGGCCAUGCGUCAGUUAGACCAAUCACAACGCCGUACUGUGGAGGCAUGGCUGCACAAACUUGCCAAUACCAACCAGUCACUGGAGGAGGUCCGCCUAAGAAAUGAUUUUCUCUUCUAUCUAUCCCGGAACUGCAAUGACGGAAAUUUACUACCGCCUUUCGAUCAGAAACCGCCAUCUGGAUACGUGCUGGAUGCAACGCAUUUACUGCCUGUUCUAGGAACAUCCGCGGCAACCACAUCCAAACCCCUCUAUGAGGCUCACACCGGUUCUCCGUCCGGAACAGCAAGACGAGCUGAACUGUUCGAGCGUUCGCCGGACGGUGGAGCUUUCCUAGUAUCUCAACCGGUUCCACGAUGUGGGGCCUUUUGCUACCUUGCCAUAGUCAGUAAACCACCCAAAAGUUAAAUGA